GACCUUGCGCAAAUUCGGUUAGGCUCAGUAGCUACUGCUUUGGUACGAUCUCGGUAUUCUUUCGAUACCACGAGAUCGCCAACAAAUACAUCACGACUACAGCCAUCAACUGCCUUCUGAUAUUUGGCUUACGGGGGGUCUUAUCGGUUAACUGGCACGUAGUCUUCCUGUAGUGGUGACCAUAGUCAACCGCGACUCGACGCCACACAACAACUUAUUUCAGGGAGAUUUUCAAUUUCAUCUUAGAGUAUGGGGGGAAAAAAGCACAGAAAUUUUCGAAGGCCAAAAUACGAAAUCAUGCGACAUUCAAGACAUGAAUUCAAUUUCUCCGUUGUUAUAUGGUUACCUCUUUUACCACUUUUGAUUAUUUGUAUCGGAGAUUACUUCAGAAAGAAGACAUCAUCGAAAAAAGAUGUGUGCUGGGAAAGCCUGAAUAAUAACGUAUCAGUUUCAAGAGAGGCAGUGGAUUGGGUCUCAGCUGAGAUUUCUCAUCUUCGUAGAUUAUUUGACCUCAUUGAAAGUACCUCAAUCAGAACAAAGAAGAAGGAUCAGAUAACAAAUGUAGAUCGAAUAGGUAUUUCUCAUGAAACACUUAGACGUCGUGUUUUGAAUUACGUUCAUGAAGCACGAUACACUUUGAACAAUUUACGCAACAUUUUUACCCAAUUAAAAAAAGUUAAUCAAAAGGAAUUGGACACUGAAACAGUUUCAUCGAUACAAGCAUCGUUAGUUCGUUAUCGACAGAAUAUGGAGGAAACUAUUUCACACUUGCAACUUAUUCUUAACAAACUAGGUGAAUUAGAUGAAUUUUCACAAAUCAGAAAGAAUGGCUUAAAUAAGCUUUCACAGCGAUUACAGGAGAAGAUUCAAAAACAACAGAAUCCAUCAGAUUGUAAAAAGGCCAAAUAUAUGACAUUUGACUUCACUAAUUUAUGUGGAUUGGGUUGUAACAUGCAUCAACUUAUGUACUGCUUACAAUUGGCUCUUGAAAAUGAACGUGUUUUAGUAUUGAAGAAACAUUAUCAUGGAGAUAUAUUUCGAGAAUGGCUUCAUCAGAGCAUGUUACCACUUUCUGACAAAUGCAGUUAUUUGGACUCAGAUGGUAGAUUAGGUGUGUAA